CUCUCUCUCUGUCUCUCUCUCUGUCUCUCUCUCCUGUGUAAAUUUUUAUGGCAAUACAACAAUAAGGAUCAAGUUAAACAAGCUUCCGAAGCAUGCAUGUGAAUUUGCUGCUGUGGCAAUUAUUUGCCCCGGUCGUCUCUGCCCAUUUUCUGACUCCGUAGGAGAAACAACAACAAGCGCCUUUCUUACUUUACUCCACAAAAAAACAAACCUUCCCCCACUCCCCACUCUCUUCUUUCGCCGUACUGGGCUUGUUUUUUUGAAUCAACAUGUUGAGACUCUUGCAAUCUACCUCGUCCGCGGCAUCGCGCGCUGCCAGCUCCUCAACUGGCCGUAUGGCUAUCCGUGGUCUUCACCAGUCCAAGCCCGCAAUGCAGGUCAUGGCCACUAACCCUCUUCGUGCACAGGAAGCCACUGGCUCUAUUGCUAGCAAGUACCCCGUGAUCGAUCACGAAUAUGACGCUGUUGUUGUGGGGGCUGGUGGUGCUGGUCUCCGUGCAGCUUUCGGUCUUGCCGAAGCUGGUUUCAACACGGCAUGUAUCACCAAGCUCUUCCCCACGCGUUCCCACACUGUUGCUGCUCAGGGUGGUAUCAACGCAGCUUUGGGCAACAUGACCGAGGACGACUGGAGAUGGCACAUGUACGAUACUGUCAAGGGUUCGGAUUGGCUUGGUGACCAGGAUGCUAUUCACUACAUGUGUCGUGAGGCUCCUCACACUGUCAUUGAAUUGGAACACUAUGGUGUGCCUUUCUCCCGUACUGAAGAGGGUAAGAUCUACCAGCGUGCUUUCGGUGGUCAGAGUUUGAAGUACGGUAAGGGCGGUCAGGCCUACCGUUGCGCCGCCGUCGCUGAUCGUACCGGUCACGCCAUUCUUCACACCUUGUACGGCCAGUCGUUGCGCCACAACACCAACUACUUUAUCGAAUACUUUGCCCUGGACUUGAUCAUGGAAGAUGGUGAGUGCAAGGGUGUCGUCGCUCUCAACAUGGAAGACGGUACCAUCCAUCGUUUCCGCUCGCACAAGACCGUCUUGGCCACCGGCGGUUACGGUCGUGCCUACUUCUCGUGUACCUCUGCCCACACCUGUACUGGUGACGGUAACGCCAUGGUGGCCCGUGCUGGUCUUCCUCUCCAGGAUCUUGAAUUCGUACAGUUCCAUCCUACUGGUAUCUACGGUGCCGGUUGUUUGAUCACUGAAGGUUCGCGUGGUGAAGGUGGUAUCUUGAUCAACUCUGCUGGUGAGCGUUUCAUGGAGCGUUAUGCCCCUACUGCCAAGGAUUUGGCUUCGCGUGAUGUCGUCUCGCGUGCCAUGACCGUCGAAAUCAAGGAAGGCCGUGGUGUUGGUGAGGAUAAGGAUCACAUCUUCUUGCAGUUGCACCACUUGCCUGCUGAAGUCUUGAAGGAGCGUCUGCCGGGUAUUUCCGAAACCGCCGCCAUUUUUGCUGGUGUUGAUGUCACCAAGGAGCCCAUCCCUGUGUUGCCUACUGUCCACUACAACAUGGGUGGUAUCCCUACCCGCUACACUGGUGAGGUUAUCAAGGUCAACGAGAAGGGUGAAGAUGAGGUUGUCCCUGGCCUCUAUGCUGCUGGUGAGGCUGCCUCCGUCUCUGUCCACGGUGCUAACCGUCUCGGUGCCAAUUCGCUCUUGGAUAUCGUUGUCUUUGGCCGUGCUGUUGCCCAUCACGUCGCCGAGACCUUGGAGCCCGGCACCCCCUUGAAGCCUUUCGCUGCUGAUGCUGGUGCUGACACCAUUGCCAACUUGGACAAGUUGAGAAAUUCCGACGGUAACAAGACCACUGCUGAGAUUCGUUUGGCUAUGCAGAAGACCAUGCAGGCUGAUGCCGCUGUCUUCCGUACCCAGGAGACUUUGGAUCAAGGUGUUGUGAAGAUCGACCAGGUCUGGAAGUCGUUCGCCGACGUCAAGGUCACUGACCGUGGCAUGAUCUGGAACACUGAUUUGACCGAGACUCUUGAAUUGCAAAAUCUGUUGACUUGUGCCUCACAAACCAUGCACUCUGCUGCUGUCCGCACUGAAUCCCGCGGUGCUCACGCCCGUGAUGACACUCCUGACCGUGAUGAUGAAAACUGGAUGAAGCAUACCCUCUCAUGGCAAGACCAGGAAACCGGUGAAGUUAAGCUUAGCUACCGUGCUGUCGAAGCUAACACCCUCGAUGAGAGCGAGUGCAAGCCCGUUCCACCAUUCGCUCGUGUUUACUAAACAACAUAAAGGCAUCGUUCUAUAAAAAUUUGUUUUUCUUUUCUUUCUUCAACUAAAAUAUUAAAAAAAGGCACUGCAUUGAUGUUGCGGCAAUUACAAAAACGGCAUU